AAAGUGUCAUUAACAUGAUUAUUUUCAGCCACCUCAGCAGCAUAUUCCCAUCACGGACCAACCAAACGCAGCAAACUCUAGCGAACAGAAGGCGAAGAUUCGCGGCCAAAUUUGUUCCGCCUCCGCGAAAACGCACUCUCUUCUCUCCGUUGACCAGUUAACAGAACACCAACGAUUCCUCCUCUUCCUCCUGAUCGUCCCUUGUGGCAACAUCGCAAUCGAGAAUGGAGAACUCCGGUGCCGUUUCCAGCUUCGAUCAUCACCUACCGACCGUCAUGGUCACCAACGACGACGGUAUCGACGCGCCUGGGCUCCGAUCCCUGGUUCGAGUCCUGGUCUCCACUCGUCGCUUCCAAAGACUGGUUUGCGCUCCUGAUUCAGAGAAGUCAGCCGUGAGUCACAGUAUUACUUGGCGGCAUCCAAUUUCUGCUCGGCGAGUGGAAAUUGAUGGAGCUACGGCCUAUGGAGUGUCUGGUUCGAAUCAUUUGGGAUUCGCUGCUCUCCCUCUUCAAAAUAUUUGACCUCUCUGUAGUCUUUGAUGGAGAAUGAAGAUUGCUCUGUACUGUGCAGGCACUCCGGCUGAUUGUACUUCCUUAGGAGUCUCGGGAGCGCUGUUUCCUUCAGUUCCUAACCUGGUGGUGAGUGGCAUAAACAUGGGGAGCAACUGCGGCUAUCACAUCGUGUACUCCGGCACAGUUGCUGGUGCCCGUGAGGCCUUCUUGAAAGACAUCCCUUCAGUCUCUGUAUCAUAUGAUUGGCAAGAUACACUCUUCUCUACACUUAGCUUUCCGGUUGGGGGAAAGAGCAGUGUUGAUGACUUCACCCUUGCUGCUGAGGCUUGCAUACCAAUUAUAUCAAGCAUACUUGCUGAAGUUAAAAAUAAAAAAUAUCCAUCUGGGUGCUUCUUGAAUGUAGACUUGCCAACAAAUGUUACCCAGCACAAGGGGUAUAAGCUCACCAGACAAGGUAAAAGCAUAUAUAGAACGGGAUGGAAGCAAGUUACUUCUACCACACGAGGGAAAAUGUUGUCAACAAUGACAAUGGAUACAGAUGCAAAGAUGCCAGUGGAGGCUGAUAUAAUGGCUGAUGCAUCCCAAGGAAGUCUCAUCUUCCAAAGAGAAGUGGAAGGAGCACAAAUUGUUGAAGAUGAUUCGGACCACAAAUAUCUCAAGGAUGGAUAUAUUACUGUAACUCCCCUUGCUGCUCUUUCCCCUGCUGACGUAGGCUGCCACACAUACUUCAAAGAUUGGCUACCGAGUGUAGUUGACCACACAUCCCCGUCUGCCUUAUAAGUUGCUGCAUUUUAUUGGGAAAGCGUCCAAAGUGGUGAACUCAUUACUGGAAAACAAGAGAGAGAGAGAGGCGUUCAAGCUUUGAAGAAUCCUAAAGAAGUACCAUUUGCUUGGAGUGAUUAGAAGCAAGAUAAGUAACUGCUGAUGUACAUAUUGUGCUGCAUUAAAAGAGUUUGCACCACAUGAGUGACAGCUCUACCAUUUUAGAUUUAAAAGCCUCAAAUUUAGCAGUUUGCGUGGUGCAAUUCAUGUUUGUUGACAUGAUGCCUACUUGCCUAGCUAAUUGCAUGGGCGGUGUAUUCGUUGGACUUCCACAGGAUGCUGUGUUCGGCCUAAACAAGGAAAGAAGCUACCUUUUCUUUUCAUUAUCGCCCUCUUUACAAAGGUUUUGGUCUAAAGUUUUCACAAAACUGAAGGGACAGUGUGACGUGGACAAUAAUGGACAGUGACUACCAGGAUGCUUUACUAUCAAUAUUCAGCUUUACCUACAUGGCUACGUAUGAAACCAA